CGCAGUUGAAUCACCCAGCAUGAAAACCGUCAGUGCAAAAAUUCUCGUGCUUGUGAUGGGCGCAACCCACGCCUUUUCUGCCCCAGGGAAGCAUGGGUCCGCCCUCCGACCUGCUACGGAGGCAGAGGAACGGAUUAAGAGGACUGUGAAUGAUCAUGCCCACAAUGGCACCCGUGAACAUGAAUUGGAAUCCCAUGAUCAUGGCAGCAACGAGACCCAAGUUCAUGGCACUAUGGGGCAACAUGGCAUUAACCACCAUCACCAUGAGCAGGACAUUCAUUCCAAUUAUGUGCACGAGGAGGGAACCCAUGGGCAUAGCAACAACGAAACCCAUAUUCAGGAGAUUACAGAUCAUGACGAUCAUGAGAAUCAUCAUGGCGAUCAUGAUGAUCAUGAUCAUUUUCAUGACCCAUGAUCGUAUUAGCGAUGUCAUGACAGCAAUGAGGACGACGGGGAAGGUAACAGCGACAUCGAGAAUGUUGACUGAUCUCCUAUUACACUGAUAUAUAACAUCUAUUUGUAUGUAUUCAUGCUAACAGGUCAAUGUAAUCACAGAAAUGAUAAUGGUGAAAAUAAUCAAAAUUCAAUUUCUAAAUUUAUAAAUUGUCUAAAUAAUCUUAUGAAAGAAAUGUGUAAAAAUAAAGGAAAAAUCAACAAAUACGUUAAGAUAAGUUAAAUAAGUAAAGGUUUAACUGAUACCUCAAUAAGCCUACUUUUCCCUUUCCAUGUUUCAUUGUAUAAACAAUGUAUAAACAGUCAUCCCAUACCAGUGUUAUACUCAUUAUGAUGAAUAAAGAAAAUGAUCAAUA